AUGCGACCGCCGACAGCCACGAUGUUUGGUGUUGCCCCCAAGAUAUCUUCAUCUACGCUAGCCCGAAUCAAUCCUGGUCUUCAGCGUCUUGGUAACUUCAUGGCGCAAGCGCAAGCAUAUGGAACAUCAGAUCAUAGUCUUUCGUCAGUGGACCCAUUCACAACUACACAAUCGACGACUGCCCCUCAUAAUGCGUCACCCCCACAGUCAGAAUCGCAAGAUGAUGCACUGGUUCUCGAUAAUGGAGUGCCCCACUUCAUCUCCGGCAAACACUGGGCCUGGAUGGCAGCAGAGCUCAAAGACAUCCAAUCCGUUCUCGCGGAAUCUCAGAGUUCCUCCCCCGAACCGGCGCUCGAAGAUGUCAUUUGGGAUGCUGAUUCACCCGUAGCCAGCGGGGAUAAUUUCUGGCCUGAUACACGAGAGGAUUGCUAUUUACUCCUGAAUGUUUUCCUGGCUAACGUCGACCCGAUUCACCGAAUUGUCCAUCGUCCGAGUUUAGCUCGUCGCUUUGACACAUUCGUUCGCACUCACUACCAUCUAGAGAACGAUCAACCCCCUGUUACAACGGGGAGCAGUGGUAGUAUGAUUCCCCACUCGAGUAAUAUGGACUCGUUCGAGCCGCUGGCCAUGUCCAUCUUCUACGCGGCCGUCAACAGCAUGAAGGAUACUGACGUUGCUACCAUGUUUGACACGGACAAGUCCUACCUCCUGAAUCGAUACAGAACGGGAACGGAAGUACAUCUGAAACGGCAAAAAUUCAUGACCUCAAGGAUCUUUGCGGUUUUGCAAGCUUUUGUGGUUUUUCUAACUGUUCAAUAUCGCGAGGAUGAUAUGGGGAAGGUAUGGCCAUUGACCGGGCUAGCCAUUCGGAUAGCAACAGUCCAGGGUCUUCACCGAGAUCCUUUAGCUCUACCGCUGGGAACGAUGGAUGUUGUACAGGUGGAGCUGCGUCGUCGCUUGUGGGCGCAAAUACGUUACUUGGAUUUCCGCGCGGCGGGGGAUCAUGGGUUUGCACCUUCGAUUCAUGAGUCGGAUUUCGAUACGCGUCAACCCCUUAGUCUAGAUGAUGUCGAUUUAAUCGAAGGGGUGCUACCUUCAGCCGGACUCUCGGAUGCCCCCAAAUUCACCGAUAUGACCAUCUAUCUCCUGCGGAUCACCACAGUUCAGUAUUAUGGGCACAUCAUUCUAAUGACGCAUGCUUCACGGAAACGAUUGCGCACCAACAUUGGUCCUGUGGAGGAAGCCGAAACAUUAACAGAGCUACAGGGCCUGUUAAGCACUGCUGAAACACUCGCCAGCGAGCUUGAGAAGAAAUUGAACGAUCUCGUUCGAUACUGCGACAAGAGGGUUAGCAUACAAUCAAUGGCCUUAGAUUUGAAAAACCACUUGCAAUCCAAAUUCUGGGUCACCUUCUGGAUUCAAAUCUCUCGGCAAGAUCGCGAAAAAGUCAUCAAUCCCACUAUGAGAAGAAACAUAUUCGUGGACGCUGUCACAGCCAUAGAGAACUGGUGUACCAUCGCCUCCGGAAAGGCUUAUGAUCCCUUCCGAUGGCAUAUCUACUCACACGCUGGGUUCUGCUUGAUUCUCUACGUACUCUCCGAGCUCCGCAGCCCCGGCUUCCAAUCCCCGGAGUGGGCCGAUCUCCGCCAGCGAGGCCUCCAAUUAGCGAACUCCAUCUACGACAUUCGGGGUCAGCAUACCACGGGUGCAUGGCCCGCAAUCAUUUGGUUGGUGAAUCGAAUUCGAUUCCAGCAAGGACUCGAUUCUGGUGUCGACCAGCCUACUGGGACCGGACCAUCUCAUAAUAAUCAUCCCAUGCCUAUGGAUAACUUUCCUGCUGCUCCUCCAGGCUCGGGGGGAAUGGACUUUGAUACGACGGAUUUCAUGGAUAUGGUGAAUCUGGAGGGCUUCGAUUUUGCGGACUUUGCUAGUUUGGAUCCCAUGGGUUUUCAUGGAAUGUUACAGUGA